UUUAUAAUCAUUUGGAAAUGUCCCAUGCAAAUAAAUUGAUAUUUUGUUCAUGUUUUUUUAGGGCUGCUUGUUGGCUGCGGUUAUGUAACAGAGAGGAUUUAUUAGGUAAAAGUAUACAAGCCCUGCAUAGAAACUUUAGGGUAUGUGAGAAACAUUUUGCCAAAGAAGUCAUUUCUCAAUCUGGAAUUCGUAAACAUCUAUUCCAAAAUGCAGUUCCAUCCAUAUUUCCUCACAGUGCCCCUAAGCGCUCUUUGGAAGUUAUCGACAAUGAUAAUUGCGAAGGACCUCCUAAGAAAAUUGCUGUCUUGGGUGACAUUACUAGUAACAUCGCCAUGCACGCAGAAACCGUAGCUUCUCCAGCUGCUACAGAUAUCUCAGAUAUAAAAAUUGAUUAUGAUGGAACUGCAGAUGAAAAUGAAAUUGUCGAGAACAAAGAUGAGUUUUGGACAUUUCCUGAAACUUCAGCACUAGUCGAAGCAUAUGGUCAUCACAUAAAAUCUUUUGCCGAAGAUGGUCAUGAACUUCCAACAUGGAAUCGAAUAUCUACUGAGUUGAGCUCGAAGAAUAUACACAGGUCUCCAGAAAGCUGUGAAAGGAAAUGGGAGAGUCUGGUCCAAAAGCACAAUAGUUGUCAAACAAAUUAUGAAUAUUAUAAUGAAAGUGAUGAUGUGAGUAAUGCACAAGAUGAGGGGAGUGUUGAACAAAGUAGCAAAAAGCACAAAGGAGAUUGUGAAUGUUACAAAAGAAAAAUCGUGGAGAAACAAAAAAGGCAUCGGGAGAGAAUGGACUUGAUAAAAAGAAAAUUGGAAAUCGAGGAAAGGAAACUUGCAGCUUUCGAAAAAUACCUUGCCCAUCUGAGCACCGUAAAAUAGUGAUAUCCUGAAACAAGUCUGUGAUUGAUUAUUGUAUACAUGUAUAUGAAUUCUCAUGUGGAAUUCUGAUUGUUGAAAUGUAUCAGAAGAAAUGUAUCAGAAGGUGGUUUUUCAUAUGAUUUAUUUCCUUAUUUUGAAGGAUUCAUGAAAAUCUUGUGAUAUUUUUGUUUUUUAUGAAACUCUGACAAAAUAAAAUUUUCUAUGCUUUUUUAUUCAAUGUUUCGUGAUGAUGAGCUGAUACACGUGGCUAGUUUCACAGAAAAUCACUGUAAAUUUUCACAAAAGACCAAGAACACAAUCAUUAGAUUGGCUGAAAAUUCACGACAAUUUGAUACAUGAAUGUUAUAGUCCACAACUUCAUGAUAAAAAAUGCUGAUGGCUACAAAGUUCUAAAACAAAUUCUACCAUGCAGUGUUUUUGUGUUGUCUGUAGAAACCUUUGAUACCAUCGACCUUCAGAAGAUCCCUCAAAUACUUAUUCAACAUGUUUUGCUAUAGAAACACUUGAAAACAAUGGAGAUAAAAUGGAAAAUGAGAAUUAACCUUUUGAAAGUUUGGCUUUUGAUGCAUAUAGUCACAGCAUAUCUAGGUAUGCUGUGACCUUAUCACUAUUGCAAUAGAAAAUAUUAUUAUUAUUAUUAAUCUUAUGUUGUGUCGCCAGUGAAGUGAAUGUUUUUGAUAUUGAACACAGUCACAGAUCACAAGUUGAGACUUGUAAUAUUAGUUAUUGGCCUUUAAAAUGAGUAAUAUAGCCUAGUUUUCCACAUUGUUUAUUCAA